AUGCCACAACCUCUCGAAAAUGAAGCUCCGACGGAACCGCUUCAGGCGUUGCCAGCAGCUGCGUCUGGCAUGAAGUUCACAAAAUCGCGACACUCGACCCCUGUUCUAGAAUCAUUACCAUUAUCGCAAUCUGAAACCAACCUAGCCUUCCGUCGCUCCAACCCGUCUGCUGCUUCCUUGUAUGCGUCAACACUUUCACCCCCCGGAUCGCGAUCCAUAUCGCCAGCCGGUCGAGGCUCGCCUGCUCGAGUACUCUCGCAUACCGUCUUCGAUGCCCGGCCUAAUCGACUCCCCGAGACCGGGGGGGACGCUUCCGAACCUCUAAAUCUAAUGCUCCGGGCAUUCGUUCCCCACGUCUCGAUCUAUACUUCCGAAGAUACGGAGAGUUUGAUGGUGGAGAAAGGCUUCCGAGGUGGCCUUUGGGAACUUUUGCGCCCAUUUGGCGAAGAUGUCCAAGGCAAGGUCACGAUAAGGGACAGUAACGGCAUGAGCAGAGUAGCAGAUGGGUUUUCUGUCCGGUUUACACGAUUCGGCGACAACAUCGAGCAUCCCGAUCCUACAGUCUCGGGCUUCAGAAGUCCCUCAUCGGCCCAGGGGCAGAACGGCAGUCAAGCAAGCACAUCAAGGGACAAGCAAUUCCUCACCGACGUGGAGGCUGUAGUGGACAGGCAUUUGUCCUACGCUGAGCAAUCUUUUGCUGUUUUACCGCACUAUGGCAUGUUUGCGGAUCAAAAUACAGCAUCGGAAGAGACCUCGCCAUACUAUGCCCUUUAUCUACGCCGAUUGCUAUCAGGUCUUCCCAUUUCGCCUCACGAAACAUUUUCACAUCCAGUAGCAUGCGUAAUAGCUGUCAGCUCGAGAAAUCCUGACCCCAUUUCGGAGAUGAGAAAGCUUUACACAGAAACGGUCGAAGGGAGUAAAAGGCUUCCUCCUUGGGUUGAUAGCGAAUUUAUUCGAUACUAUGUGCUGGUUCACGACGAGGAGAAAGAUGACAUAAUACAAUCCAUGGCUGUAUUCGAACAGAUGAAGAGGCACCUUGGAAUUCAUUGUCAUCUUCUUCGUUUGCGAAGUAGUCAGAGCGCUGAGACCGAUGAUGAAAGUAUUCCACUACCCCGCAGCGACUGGAUGUCGGCUCAUGAGGAACUUGAGGAUAUACGACAAAGCGAAGACGAUGAGGACUUUGAGGACCCAACACGCUACAUAUUUGAAUCUGAUGCUACUGCCAUCCGUACAUUUGUGCGUGAGAUGGUGACCAUGUCCAUCAUACCUCAAAUGGAACGAAAUGUCUCUAUUUGGAAUGACCAAGUUGCGUCAAGACGGAGAGGUAUCACUGGUCGAUUUAUGAAUUUGUCGAGGAAGUGGGCAUUCGGCGGCAGCUCUAGGAACUCGACGGGUGGUACCAGCAACUCAAGAGACAACUAUAAUGCUGCUGGAUUCUACGGAUCAGAAGCCCCUGAGGCUAUUAUGCGGAAGCUGGCAGAUUAUGCCUUCAUGCUACGAGACUGGAAACUAGCGCAUUCAACGUAUGAUCUUUUAAGAUCGGAUUUUAGCGAUUCCAAGGCUUGGAAACAUCAUGCUGCCGCCAACGAAAUGGCUGCUUUCAGUCUUUUGAUCUUUCCUCAACAGAUGUCAUCGAAGAAUCGCGCUGAGACAAUCGAUCAAAUGCUCGAGGCUGCCUUCUACUCCUAUAAUACCCGGUGCAGUGCCCCCUAUGGAGCGCUAAGGAGUUUACUACUUGGCCUCGAACUGUUGCGCUUACGGAACGGUACAAAUAUUGAUGAUGCCGGCCGAUGGGGAGUUAGGCUCCUUGAGUCCAAAAUUUCGGGUAACGUGGGUGAUGCGUUGAUAAAAGAGCGUCUCGCCGUUUGCUACGCUUCCAAGGAUGGGGUUGGAAGCUGGCACUGGGGCUCACGCCGCCGCAAAUCAGCAACAUGGAGUAUUCUCAGUGCAGAUGCUUGGCUACAGCAGUCCAGGCAUAUCCAGGCACGGCGUUGCUUAGACGAAGCCCACAGAAUGUACGCGAACUUACCCCAUAAGGAGGGGAUUACCAAGUUUGGGGCAGCGGGCCACUUCAUGGCUUCAUUGCAGCACAGCUUGGCCGAGUCACCAGACGCUUCAGAUAACGGCAGUGAAGAUGGAGGGGAUGGCAAUAUAGAUGAGGAGAGCGAAGCGUUGAAUGACAUGAGACCGCGACGGGCGAGUACGGUGACAGCCGAUAUGUUUCGAGAUACGACCAAGGAGGAAAGCAGCACCACGGAUGAUGGUACAUAG